GCAUACAUAGCCAUUCUCUAACAUACCAAAGGAAAGAAAAAAAAAGAUGAAAAUCUUAUCUCAAAACCCAAUCUUUUCUGCGUCUCUUCUUCUUCUUCUUCUCCAAGUCUCCAACGCUUCAGCCGCAGACCAAACAUCCGAUUCAAACCAAACAAUUAUGAACUCAAACCAAACCAACCUGGAUUACAUCAAAACAUCAUGCAACGCCACUCUCUACCAAACCCUAUGCUACAGUUGUCUCUACCCUUACGCCUCUCUGAUCGAUUCCGACCCCGAAAAGCUCGCCAUCACCGCUCUCAAUCUCACCCUCUCCGAGACCAAAUCCACCCAAAGGCUCGUCAAGUUCAUCUCCCGACGCCGCCAUGCAAGCCUCGGGCCUGGAGAGGCGGCCGCCGUAAAGGACUGCUUGGAGGAGAUGAGCGACUCGGUGUACGAACUCAAGGACUCGAUCGCGGAGAUGAAGGCCAUCAACUACUCGAGUUUCGAGAUGGUUGUGUCGGAUGUUCAGACAUGGGUCAGCGCUGCUCUCACCGACCAGGUCACGUGCAUGGACGGUUUCGAAGAAGCCGGAGGAGGAAAGACAGAAGUGAAAGAAUUGGUACGGAAACAUAUAGAUAGAGUCACUCGUAUGACGAGUAAUGCGCUCGCUUUCAUCAAUCUCUAUGCGUCCACCGUUCUCCAGAACUGACCGUAUAGACAAUUCACCAAAACGAAAUUGUAUAAUCGUAUAAUUCUACUUUUAAUAAUAUCCCCAUAUUUGUGCCUUCGUAUAUGUAUCUAUAUGUGUUGUAGUUUUGUUAUUCCCGUUUUGUUGGAGAUUUUAUGUCGUAAAACUUUGUAAUUCUUUUUGUUGACAAAUAUAUGGACAUGUUGUAAAAAUU